CCGCUAGGAAAAGUUAUGAUGGGCAUGUGUAUGUCAGGUUAAAGUCACUGGAAACCUUAAACCAAUAAUAUUAAAUUAAUGUAUAAUUUCUUUAUAUUUAGUAUAUAGAGUGGUUUUAGACACAGCGGAUUUAAGUAUUCAUAAUGCUUCGGCAAUGUAAAAAUCUAUUAUACUUAAGUGUGUUUAAGGGCCAAUAUGCAUGGAGACCAAAGAGCAGUUCAGCACAUGAACGAGCUCGGCAGUACGUGGUAGGCCAGAAGAUCCAUGGUUUUACAAUCCGAGAGGUAACUCCAGUGCCUGAUUUGUCCCUGACAGCAGUUAAACUCGUUCAUGAUGUCACAGGUGCUCAGUAUCUUCACACAGCAAGAGAUGAUUCCAAUAACCUCUUCAGUGUGGGAUUCCGUACCACGCCCAUGGACAGCACAGGAGUUCCCCACAUUCUAGAACACACAGUUCUGUGUGGCUCUCAACGCUUUCCCUGCAGAGAUCCAUUUUUUAAAAUGGUUAAUCGCUCUCUGUCUACUUUCAUGAAUGCCUUUACAGCUAGUGACUAUACAGUAUACCCGUUCUCCACUCAGAAUGAUAAAGAUUUUCAGAACCUUCUAUCCGUCUACCUUGAUGCUGUCUUCUUCCCCUGCUUGCGAGAGCUGGACUUCUGGCAGGAGGGCUGGCGUUUGGAGAAUGAGCAGCCUACAGACCCAUCAUCUUCACUGAUAUUUAAAGGAGUAGUUUUCAAUGAGAUGAAAGGAGCUUUUUCAGAUAAUGAACGCGUGUUUGCGCAGCAAUUGCAAAAUAAGCUGUUCCCAGAUCACACAUAUUCAGUGGUGUCAGGAGGAGAACCUCUGGCCAUACCUGACCUCACAUGGGAUCAACUGAAGAACUUUCAUGCUACGCACUACCAUCCCAGCAAUGCAAGGUUUUUUACCUAUGGUGACAUGCCUUUGGAGCAGCAUCUAAAGCGGAUACAAGAGGACGCCCUGUGCAAGUUUCAGAGAAGAGAAAUAAACACUGCAGUACCAGCACAGACCCGAUGGGACAAGCCAAGAGAAGCUCACAUAACUUGCAGCCCUGAUAGACUGGCUCCAGAUCCAGCGAAACAGAACACACUGUGUGUCAGCUACAUGCUAAGCGACAUCACAGAUACGUUUGAGGCUUUCGUUUUGAGUCUUCUCUCUUCCCUCAUGAUCUCUGGCCCAAACUCUCCCUUUUACAAAUCACUGAUAGACCCCAAGAUUGGCACUGACUUCUGUUCUGUAGUUGGAUAUGAUGGCAGUACCAAGGAGGCCUCGUUCAGUGUUGGCUUGCAGGGCGUUGCAGAAGAGGACAUGGACAACAUCAAAAAGAUCAUUAGUAAAACCAUCGAUGACAUCAUAGAGGCUGGUUUUGAAGAUGACCGGAUUGAGGCAUUGCUGCAUAAGAUUGAGAUUCAGAUGAAACACCAGUCUACCAACUUUGGCCUGACCCUUGCUUUUUACAUUGCAUCCUGCUGGAAUCAUGAUGGAGACCCAGUGCAGUUGCUAAAGAUCAGUGAGAAUGUUUCCAGGUUCAGACAGUGUCUGCAGGACAACCCUCGCUACCUACAGGAAAAAGUACAGCACUACUUUAAGGACAACACACACAGGUUGACACUGUCCAUGAGCCCCGAUGAACAGUAUCUGGAGAAACGAAAUAAAGCUGAACAAGAAAAACUCCGGCAGAAAAUACAAGCUCUUUCUGAUAUAGACUACAAAGACAUCUAUGAAAAAGGUUUACAAUUGCUCUCUGAGCACGGCAAAACUCAGGACACUUCCUGCUUACCUGCCCUAAAGGUGUCUGAUAUUAAACCCACCAUAGCAUACACAUCUGUGCAGAUGGGUACUGCAGGAGGAGUGCCCACUCAGUACUGUGAGCAGGCCACUAAUGGCAUGGUAUAUUUUAGGGCCAUGUUUAAUCUCAACACCCUUCCAGAGGACCUGAAGAUUUAUAUCCCCCUCUUUUGCAGUGUCAUUACGAAGUUGGGCUGUGGAAAACUGCAUUAUCGGCAGCAGGCGCAGGAGAUGGAGCUGAAGACUGGUGGCAUGUCUGUGACUCCACAGGUCAUACCAGACACAGCUGACCUUGAUAUGUAUGAACAGGGCAUUCUCCUUAGUUCCUCUUGUCUGGACAGGAAUGUGCCUGAUAUGUUCCACUUGUGGAGUGACAUUUUUAACUGUCCUCAUUUUAAUGACGAGGAGAGGCUGAGAGUGUUGGUCAUGAUGUCAGCUCAAGAGAUGUCUAAUGGAAUUUCAUCUUCGGGUCACAUUUAUGCAAUGACACGGGCUGGCCGAUCACUCACACCUUCUGCUGAUUUGUACGAGACCUUCACUGGUAUGGCCCAGGUAAGGUUCAUGAAGAGAAUAGCGGAGAUGCCCGAUCUGACAUCAGUUUUAAGGAAGCUACCUAGAAUUAAGAGACACCUUCUAAAUCCAGAUAAUAUGAGGUGUGCAGUUAAUGCUACUCCUCAGAAAAUGUCAGGUGCUGCAAAUGAGCUGGAGAAGUUUGUGGGUAGUAUAGCUUCUAACAGGAAGGAGCGAAAGUCUCUCAGAGCAGUUAUUGUUGAGAAACCAUUGGAUCCUCAGGCUCCAGGUGGAGCAGUUGCGUGUCGUAAUCUUGUCUCUGAGGCUUAUUUUAAGCCAUGUCAGAUGAAAACCUAUUUUGAAUUUCCAUUUCCUGUGAACUUUGUUAGUGAGUGUGUGCGCACUGUCCCUUUGACUCAUGAAGAUUUUGCCAGUCUGUGUAUUUUAGGAAGGAUGAUGACUGCUAAAUUUCUCCAUGGAGAAAUCCGAGAGAAAGGUGGAGCCUAUGGAGGAGGAGCAAAAAUAGGGGGAGAUGGCCUGUUUGCUUUUUACUCAUAUAGGGACCCUAACUGCUCUCAGACACUGGAAGCGUUUCACAGAGGUGUGGAGUGGGCUCAAGAUGGUAGGUUUACACAGCAGGAUGUGGAUGAGGCCAAACUGUCCAUCUUUUCCACUGUAGAUGCCCCAGUUGGCCCGUCAGACAAAGGUUUGGAGCUAUUUUUAAAAGGAAUUACCGAUGACAUGAAACAGGCUCACAGAGAAAGACUAUUUGCUGUUACACACAAAAGACUUAUAGAUGUGGCUAACUGGUAUCUUGGUAUUGGUCAAAGGAUACGUGGAACGGCAAUUUUGGGUCCAGAAAAUGAAAGCAUUAAAAAGGACCCAUCCUGGGUUGUCAAAUAAGCACAGUGAUUUCGUUCUUUGGUACAAGAUCAUGUAGCACACUAUAUUUAGAUAAACAUCGACUUGAUGUGAAUGAUUGUGAUAGUUUGUUGUUAUGCUCAUAAUGUUUUAUGACCAAAUGUAAGCACUUAAAUAUGAAACAGAUUUAUUAGUUAUGACUUUCUAAAAGCUGUAUAAUUAUAAUUUAACAAACUGUGCUUUUUAUCUUGGCAAGAAUCUUCAAAUAUUAAAUCAGUGUUAAAGUUGAA